AUGGAUCCUUCCGCUUUUAUGGCCAAUUCGGGCCAAUUCAAUCCUGCUCAAUUCCAGAACCAGCAACAAAUGGGUGGUGCCAUGCCUAAUGGUCCAGGCUCUAUGCGCAAUGCCUCACCUUCUUUCCAGAAUCCUGCAUAUCAAACCAAUUCCGUCAUUCCAUCGAAACGUCCUCGCCCUCGCGAUGACAGUCUCGCUGGUUCCCCCAGUCAGAAUCCCGGCAUGCUUCCGACGUCGCGCUCGGAGACGCCGCAGCAGCAAUCAUUUGCCGGCGGAUUUCAACCCGGCGCGGUUCAGCAGAAUCCUGGCCAAUUCUCCCAUCUUCAAGCAAAUGGAUCCGCCAACGCAAGUCCUUCGCCGAUUAUGAGUAACCAAAUGCGACCGGGAAGUGUUCCCCAACGAGUUGCGACCGCGUCGCCGCAUCCUUUCUCGCCCAGCGGCCAGCAAUUUAACCCACAGACGUCACCGAUACCUUCCGAACAUGGCACUCCGCAGCCGAACCCUUAUAUGCAGAACAUGGCGCAGGGCUUCAACCCGAACUUUGCUCCAUCCCCCUCGAACGCCCGACCUUCACCGAAUCCGAAUGCGAUGGCUGGUAACCAAAUGAUGGCCCAGCAGAUGGGUCAAAUGCCGCAGCAUAUGGGCCAGAUGCAAGGCAACAUGUAUCCUCCUCAGAUGCAGCAACCUCAACAGCAGCAAGGCACACCGCAACAGCAACAAGGCCAACAGCAGCAAGGACAACAGACCCCUCAACGCCAAGGGCUUACCGAUCAACAGAAGAUGGCCGCUUACCAGAUGAGAUUGCAGCAACAACUUCAAGGGAACGCUGCCCAGAUGCAAGCACAGAUGCAGGCGCAAAGUAUGGGUCGUGGUAUGAUGCCUAAUAAGCAAAUGCCUGAAAUGCCUAAUGGCCAGAUGCAACAAGGUGGCAUGCGGCCACAGCAGAGGAUGAUGCCCAACAUGAACCAGGAACAGUUUAUGAAGAAUCUUGCAACCCUGAUGAACUCCAAGGGACUGCCAUUAGAUACCAACCCGAUGGUGAUGAGCCGGCCCGUCAACCUGUUCAUGUUGUUUACAGCUGUUACAAACAAAGGUGGAUAUAAACAGGCCACUGCGACUCCGAAUGGCUGGCCGCACGUUGCUCAGAUGCUUGGUUUACCAGCCCAGAACCCUGUGGUGCCACAGGCGUUGAAGACGAUAUAUGAACGCAACCUCUAUAAGUUUGAGGAAGUGUGGAUCCUUCAACAACAGAAGCAGAGGAUGAUGCAACAACAACAACAGCAGCAAGUCCAGCAGCAGCAACAACAGCAACAACAACAUCAGCAGCAAGCGCAGCAGCAGCAGCCCCAGCAACCACCACAGCAACCACCUCAGGUGCAAGGGCAACUCAUGGGACAAGCUACACCACAAAAGCAGAUGCCGCAGGCACAACACAUGAGCCAAGGAGGAAUGCCUCAACCGGGACAGCAGCCCCAAAUGCAGCAACAAACUCCCAUGAAGCAAAUGACCCCCAACCAACCUCCAGUCAACGGAUUCUCUACACCUCAACCUCAGAUGCAACCACAGCCUCCGACAAUGCCAGGCCAGACCCCUCGUACGCUGUCACAAUCGAUGGAAGGCUCAGCUGUGCCGGACUUCUCGAAUGCUUCAUCUCCAGCCGCCAAGAGAGCGGGAAGCAUAUCUCAGAGUGAAGGACGCCAAGCCUCUGUUGUGCCUACUGCAGUUCCAGAGAAAAUGCCCCGACUAGCCCCACAGUCAGACGAGUACAAUCCAUGUGCUCGGGAACUCGCCACGUUUGGCGGCGUUGACCUGAACGCUUUUAGCAAACUGGGCACCGAGCUUGAGCGAUGGAAACCAGAUGUGCCUCCCUUGCACGAACUCGGCAACAUCGACAUUGCUGCUCUUACGAAGAGUUUGCAAAGUGGAAUUCAUGGGGAGACCCGUCUGGCUCUUGACGUGUUGGCAGCUGCAUCUUGCUCUAUGAAUCAGCUCCACUUUAUCCGACUUCAAUACUGCGACGAGCUGAUAGAAGCUCUCAUCGAGUGUGCAGAGGAUCAGGUGGAGAUGUUGGCCGAGCAUACAGUUGAGGUUUCGGACGAGAUUCAAAUAUCACCUUACGAAGAUGUUCUGCGAGCCUGCCGUCUGGAACGAUUCAAUAUUCGCGAUUUGCCAGUUUUUGGCACACAAGAAUAUGAGUUAGAUCGAGCCGUGGAUCGGUUGAUAUGUGUUACGACAAUCCUGCGCAACUUGUCAUUCCCCGGAGAGGCAAAUGAGAAUCAUUCUGUUCUUGCAGACGAGAUUGUUAUCAAAUUCCUUUGCGUUGUCAUCAGAUAUCUUGGUACAAGGACGAUGCUUUUGCGAUCCCAGAAUAACACUCUGGACUUUAUGAAGGAUGUCGUUGUUCUGUUAUCCAACAUCGCAGGCACAAUAGAAAUUCCAGGACGGGAACAGGCUCUUUGCCUCUUACAAUUCCUCCUGGCAUUUGCACCAGCGCCGGGCCCAACAAUCUCGGACGGAACGCUCUUCUUUGCACAAUACGAACCAAGCCUGCACGCCUACCUGCCGCAUGCUGUUGAUGCGCUCGCAAAGUUACUGGCACGUGAUGAGCCUAAUCGAACACAUUACAAGACUGUCUUUGCACUUGACUCUGCCAGUAGUCCUCCAUAUGAGCUGCUGACUCGGGCCUUUGGCUUGGCGAUAGCCCCCAUUCCAGAUAAAGCGAAAUCACAAGCACGACUGCCGAACUUGCCAUCACUUGUCGAGGUUCGCAAGCCUUUCUUAAUGCAAGGAUUGCUUUCGGCCGAAAUAUUGGCAUCGCUUGCACCGGGUCAUGACACUGGAGUUACCCAGGCUUGGCUAUCGUCUGGUAACGACUUCUCCCAGAACCUCUUCAGGUUAGUUCGUGAGCUCAGCCAGCAAUACGAGCAGCCUCAAGGUCAAGGUCCUCGGGCAGCUCCACGGAAAGACCCAGAACUUGUUUAUAUCGUCGUCGUUGCGGUCGCACUUUUAAGAAGAUUGGCCGAGAAGGCCAGAGAUCCCAACGACCCCAAUUCUUCGAUACCGGCCAAGGCCAUGCCGGCACCUCAUGCUCUUCUCGAGGCUUUGUCUAUGCAAUCUGCAGAGUGGUCAAAGGACGAGGUGCUACAGAAACUCUCAGCCUUCUUUGCUCUCGGGAGAUAA